AUGGAGCUUCUGGUUCUCUUGACGCCCGAAACAUAUGCUCCAGUGCUUCUGCAACAAAGAGCUCGGAAACUGCGCAAGGAAACAGGUGAUGAUAAAAUAGUUUCGGCUCUCGAUCUCGAGAAGAAAGGGAUCAAAGAGACCUUGACUGUGACCCUGACAAGGCCCAUUAGAAUGAUCAUAUUUGAAUCAAUCGUGCUUUUCACGUGUCUAUAUCUAGCAUUGGUUUAUGCCAUUUUCUUCAUGUAUUUUCAGACAUAUCCGUUAAUUUUUCAAAGUGAGUAUCUGGACAAUUGGAGUGAAUGGGAAACAUAUGCUAACUUGUUUACCUUGGAAAGGGACAUACCAUAUGAGCCCAGGAGUUGCAGGGCUCAUGUACCUACCAAUUAUCUUAACCGUUCAAAACUUCGAAACGCUCCUUGGGCAGACGUGGAAGAAUACCGGAGACUUCCACUAGCUGUCGUUGGGGGACCGCUAUUUGUUGUAUCUCUCUUCUGGCUGGGAUGGACUGCUUCACCCAAUAUCCACUGGUCUAUCCCCAUGCUCUCUGGCAUCCCGUUCGGCGCGGGAUUUCUCCUCAUUUUUAUUGCAAUGAUUAACUAUCUUUCUGACGCAUACGAGACGUUCUCAGCAAGCGCACAGUCAGCUGCGAGUUUUGCUCGAAGCAUUCUUGGAACCGCCCUCCCAGUAGCAGCAGGCCGCAUGUAUUCAUCUCUUGGUAUAAGUUGGGGGUGUAGUCUGCUUGCUUUUGCCAGCUUGGCUAUGACGGCGAUUCCUUUCGCUUUUAUUCGGUACGGAGACCGGAUAAGAGCUGGAAGUCUCUUUUGCCAGCACUUGAAACAGCUUAAAGAGCAAAAAUUGAGAGAAGAACUGGAAGAGGAGGCCAGUGGUCAAGCUGCUGAACCGCCGGUGCGCAAUGCAGAGAAACCAGAUAUAUUUGCGAAAGCCUGA